CACAAUUUGUCCAUCAGUCUCAUCUUUGCUCAUCAUUCUAUCCAGUCCUUACAUUCAGUUCUUGCCGUUUUUGCCGUCAUGUAUAAAGAGAUCGUGCUGACUCUGAGCCUGCUGGUGGCGCUGGCGUGCCGAGCCCAGGCCAACGAGGGUCACCCCAUCUAUGGCGUGAAGCUGUGCGGGAGGGAAUUCAUCCGUGCCGUCAUCUUCACCUGUGGAGGCUCGCGCUGGAGAAGAUCCGUGGGGAUGCCAGGUGAAACUGGUGAUUUAGCCAGCGACUUUUUCUCCACUCAUGAUGAUGAGGCCUCAGACAGCUGGAGCUCCCAACUCAUCCCCCAUCUUUCUUACAAAGCUCAGGCUGACCCGGAGGUGGACGGCUUGGCCAGUGAGGGUCCAGACAGCUUAGCGUUCAUCCGCCCGGCACGCUCACUCAUCUCAGAUGAGGUCCUCGAGGCUCUGCGCACCUCCGACAGGAAAGGCAGGGACGUGGUGGUGGGUCUGUCCAACGCCUGCUGCAAGUGGGGCUGCAGCAAGAGCGAGAUCAGCUCCCUGUGCUAAAACAGACUCUUCCCUUCCAGCUCCAUUCGUCCAUGUGUGUCCAUCUCAGACUGUAGUGUUGAUGUCUUUAAUGUUUGCUGUUGGGAGGGAUGGUGUGUUAGGUGGCCUAAUUUGAAUACAGCAGCUGGGGUGUAAUGUAUUAAAAUUUAUGCAAGUGUGGUGCAUCUCUGAAAGAAAACGUUUCUCUGUGUCUUACACUCUGCCCUGCCCUGAU